GAUAGGGAGUACUUAAAGGUACGAAUUAAGUACCUGCGGUGUAGACUGUAAUUAGUGAUUUGAAAACGUUCUAGAAAUGUUUUAGCAGUUACGAAGUUUCUUUAAGUGUUUUUAAUUUGUAAAACUGGGUUUUAUCUGUAUAUCUACCCACUUUGUGAUAACUUAAUUAAAAGUAAAUACCAUUUUGAUACAAGAAGCACUUGUUUGUUAUCAUUAUCAGUUAUCAAAACAUAGCAACUGGGUGUGAUCAAAAUGAACAGUUCGUCUCUUUUUACAAUUUUGAUUGCAUUUGUCUGCUUACAUCAGACAGCCACCAAUAGAAGCGAAAAUCCUUGUAUAGACAACUACCAAUGGCGCAUAAUCGGGGGGCAGACCGCCGCCCCCGGGCAGUUCCCCUUUGUCGCAUCCCUCCGCAACGAAUCCAACGGCCUCUGGGGCGCCGCCUCCAUCCUCAACGAAAACUGGCUGGUGACAGCAGCACACUGCGUUGAAGGCUACACAACCGCAAACUUAUCAGUAGUGGUAGGCAGCACUCGCAUCACCUCUGGAGGCGUCCACCACACCCUCGCCUCCAUCCUCCAAAGCCCCAGCUACGAUCCGCUGACUGCAGAAAACGACAUCGCUCUCCUCCAAGUCCAAGACGCUAUUACUUUCGACGACUCAGUCCAACCAAUUGAAAUCGCCAGGGGCGCGAACAACCAAUCAGCGACCGUGCUGGGGUGGGGGUUAGCCCAAUGGGGGUACUACCCCGACGAGCUGCAGUUCCUACCCACGAGAAUCACGCCAGAUGAAGAGUGUCAAAGCUACUGGGAGACUUUGGCGGAUACCCAGAUUUGUUCCGUGGUGGGGGAAGGCGUGGGGGUUUGCUGCGGGGAUUCGGGGGGGCCGCUGGUGGCCGACGGGAGGCUGGUGGGGGUGGUGUCAUACGGGCUACCGUGUGCGCUAGGGGCUCCGGAUAUUUAUACAAGAGUGGCGGCGUUCGAAAAAUGGAUUAAAGAAACUAUUAACUGAUAUAUUUUAAUUAUUAUUUUUCCAAAACCGCAAACUGGACAAUAUAGACGAGAUAAGUUAAACUCCCCGCCAAAAUCUGAAAUUAAAAACUAAAAAAUUCUAAACAUUGGAAAAAAACACGUACCGUACAAACUACCGUAUAGUCGAGAGGAAAAACCCCAGCAACUGAAAACUUGAACUUCGUAAAUAAAACAUGGAAACUGUAGCCUCGUGUUUGCUCCAUUUUGAUUUUCUCGAAAACGAAUUUAACCUAAAAAUGUUAUUUUUUGUCUACGUUAAACCACCAAAUACUUACUUUGGAAUAUAAAGCUUCUACAGGUUGUACGAUCAGCAUGACCUCGCAAAAAUUUAGUACCCACCAAGAGCAGCUCAUAAUCACCACGAAAAAUUUUUCCGUUGAUCCUUCUUCGUAUAAAACUACGUGAACUAUGUCCAUAGUUAACCAAAUGAAAAGCUUACCGAAGUUUCGUAGUAAGGGAAAAUUGUAAAAGUCGUUCAAUUUCCUACAAAUUUCCCCUAGUUGUAUCAAUUUCGGGAGAAGGAGUUUCGAAUUCGUGACUUUUCCAAGAUAUUCGAAUCUGAUUUGGAUUUCUUUGAUAAAGAACACGAAAAGUAAACGGGUUAAUAAAUUGAAAGAUGAAGAAAGGUAUGAGGAGAUCAAGCAAAUGCUUGACCCAUUACCUGAAGAAUAUCUUCGAUAAAUUAGGUCGGUAGACAUAAAAAUUAUGAUGUGAGUACAACUUAAAAAAAAGUACUUUCGUAGUAGCCGUUCCGAAGAAUAAGAAAAGUUCACGUUUCUGUCGUAGGUGUCAAUUUCAGAAAGCAAAUUCACGAUUUUGGUACUACUGAGAUUGAAAUAAAUUAGUAAAAGGGCAAAAACGACGGUCCAGUCGGUACCAAUCAAGACGUGAGACAACAAAUAGGGGUAGAUUUUUUCGCAGAACGAGUAUAGAAACACUUGGAGGGAUAUAAUACACAACACAAUUACAAUACCAAGAAGUCUGCAUUUUCUUCGUAACGUGAAUUGUCUUUUUUCGGAAUCGAAGCUGAGAGGUACUAUUCCCAGACAUCUCAGACUUUUGUAAAAUAUAGAAAAAGAACUAUAAAUGUCUGUGUGAUUUGUUCGUGGCAUUGGGGACGCGUU